AUGCGGAACUAUGCCGCCUUUCUGCUGCAACGAUAUCCCAGUUUUAUUGGGAAAUCACUCAGGUCUCUGGGCCUACGUUACAACCAACAAAUGCAGAUGGACGACAGUCUGAUAUGGAAUGUAGUUCAAACCGAGUCCUGCGACUUAUACCAAAGGACCGACUUGGGUGCCAAGGUGCUCGAGGCCAACAGCUACUUGGAAAAGAAAUACAAGAACAAUCUGUCUGAGGAGAAGGCAAUACAGUUGGCCGUCACCUGUCUUUCCACUGUCCUGGCCAUUGACUUCAAGCCCAAUGGUAUUGAGAUUGGAGUCGUCAGCAAGACCAAUCCAAGCUUCCGCACUCUGGACGAGAAGGAGAUCGAGGAGCAUCUGACCAAGAUCGCCGAGAAGGACUAA